AUGGCUCAAGCCUUUCGUCGAAAGGAAUUCUUGUCAAGAUCCUGAUUGUCCAAAAUGGCGGGUAGUUUGAACAUUUCCCGCGAGCAAAAAGAAGAUACAAUUGUACAAAUUCUAGAAGAUGCUUGCUCAAUUGAGAAAAUUGAAAACACCUACCGAUGCAUUAGAAUAAAGGAUGUAUCCCAAAAUAUGGAUUUUUCCACAUGCAUGGUGAAAGGUGUGUUGAUCACAGUAUACCCAAUUUUCCAGAUAUCUACAGGCUGGGUGAUGAAACUUUCUAUCAAAGAUGUUAAUUCUGGCUCACCAGAUGUCAUCUCAGUCUUUCUGAGGGGGAAAUUUGUAGAGAAGUGUAAGACGGUGAAGGAAAAAGACGUGCUUAUGAUAAAAGGAGCAAAGGUUGAAAGUUCACCAAGGGAAGGUCAUAGAUUUGAAAUCAUUGGUGACGAAAAAAGCUGUAAAUUUCUCAAAGUAUGGGUUGUGCGAGAUUCUAAUAACAUGUUAAACGCAGGUAGUAAUAUUGUUCGGAGACCUCUGCCUCUUGCAUCAGAAUGUGCAGCGUUUGUCAGAGCAGAAAAGACAGGAAGUGAACCACCAAGCAAAAGGAGCAGGCUUGUCCUACAACCUCAAAUUGUGAAAUACACAAAGCUGGCAGAUAUACGUGCUAACACCACUGUUAAUGUAUUUGGUGUGGUGAAGUUCUUUAAGAGCCCCUUCAAGACCAAGGGUUCUGAUUUUGUCUGCUCAUUAAGCUUAGUCGAUCCCUCUCUGGCUUCCCUUGAAGAAAGUUUUAAGCUGGUGCUCUUUUCAAAGUCAAAGGAAAGGUUGCCAUUGAUUAGAUCUGUAGGAGAUAUUGUGCGUUUUCAUGGUGUUGCUGUUGGCAAUUUCAAAGGAGAGAUGCAAGGAAAGUUCUUACCUGAAUCAACCUGGCUUGUAUUUGACAUAAAUUGCACAGAUAACCACCAAGCACAGGCAUCAUCAUCAAAAUCGUACAAUUUGACAGAACAAGAAAAAGAUGCAAUUGAGGAAUUACGAUUGUGGGCAUUGCAAAAGGAAUCUCUAAACAAGAAGUUUGUCAUUACUAACCUGAAAGACUUGAGCACAAGUCAGACAUUUGUAAAUCUUCUCUGCCAAGUUGUGUCAAAAAGUUACACUGAAGCCAGCAACGGUAUUGCUUUGACUCUAUGGGAUGGAUCACCCCCUGCCUGUCAAUCAACUUCGGUGGAACCACUCAGUGAACAGGGAGAAUUAAAAUCAGAGGAGCUCAUUCACAAGUCAGCUGGCAAAUGUGUAGAGGUGUUUCUAUAUGACAAUCAUGUAGAGGGGGAGGUCAGAAAAGUCAGUCCUGGCAAUUUUGUCUGCAUCAGAAAUGUUCAUAUCAAAGAGCUGGAAGCCAGUGCAGAUAUGACUACAGAUAAGCCUGAGAUGGUGCUGUCUCGCCCUUGUGUUAGUCUCAUAGUACACGGAGGUACAAUAUGUGGGCGUGGUGUGGAGAUUGUGUCAAUGAGUGAUCCCAUGGUUUCAGUAAGCUCUACAUUGAAGUUGGUUGCUGAAGCUGAAGCAGAAGCUUCAGUGACCCACCAGAAUACAGAACAACAAUCAGAAGCCAUAGAGAAUGGAUUUGUUGAUGUUCAUGAUGGACGCAAAACAACUGACCACAGUGGAAUUCAACAAGAAAUGGAAAACUUUAACAAACAGAAGGAAAGUAACUCUUUGAUCACAAAUGAAGUAAACCGGGCACUUCAGACAUCGUGUACAAUAACAGAGCACCCUAGCAUUGCUUUCAGUUCUUUGAAAGAGAUCAAGACAUACAAGACUGUUCCAUACAAAUUUCGCUGUAGAGUCAAGGCAAUGAUAUAUUUACCAUCAGAUGUGAAGUCUUUCAUACGGAGAUCUUGUCAGUCUUGUAAAUACUUACCUCAAGAAAGUUCCAGUUCUGUUUGUUCUGCUGCCAACAGUGAUAUCAUCCCAUGCUCUUUGUGUGGUCAGGAGAUGACUCUUUCUUAUUUGUUUUCAUUUGUUCUUGAGGAUGAUUCUGGCCUUCUCCAUGCAUUGGUCUUUGAUAAGGAUGCAAAAACUUUCUUUGCUGGUCUUCCACCGCCAGAAGAAUUUUUAGUCCAAGCAUCUUUUCAAAACACCAUCCAGGAACAUAUGCUGUUUAUGACAAAUAAUCCAAAUAACUCUAUUGAAUGUGUGUACCAAGAUCCAAAGGGUGAUAAAAGACCAUGGUUAGAACUCUGCAUAUUUUCAUAUCUCCCUGAUAAAGAUUGCAGAAAGGUUCAGUAUCGAGUGUUUGAUUCUACAUUUGUUCAUGACAGUUGAAAAAGUACAAGAAAGAUGUCUGUUAUCAGGCUAUGGGACAGUUUUCAUAUUAAUGUUUUCAUCACAUUGCUGCA